AUGCCGCCCAAAGCAAAGUUCGUCAACAAGCGCGAGGCCGAGCGCGACGACAGCGAGGAUGAGCUCGAGGAGCUCGACCUCAACGCCACCUAUCAAAAGGACAUGGUCCUCUUCUGCAUCGACGCCGGCCCCUCGAUGCACCAGAUCAACCCCAGCUCCGGCACCUCAAACCUCUACGUCGCACUCCGGGCCGCAGCGAGCCUCAUGGAAAAGAAGCUCAUCAGCUCCCCCCACGACCAUGUCGGCGUCAUGGUCUUCAACACCAGCGACACCGUCUUCAAGUCGGCCCAGCCCGGAGAAUACUACCGCGGCAGCCACGAGCUCCUCACUGUGCGCCAGGUCAACGUGCCGGACACGUUCAACAUCAAGAGCCUCCUCAAGCAGGCCGAGGCCGAUCCCGACCACCUGCGCAACGCCUUCCCGCCCGCAGAAAAGCAGAUGCGCAUCGACUGGGCCCUCGCCAACGCCGGCGUCGGCAUCGUCGCCGCCGCAAACGCCGGCAGCAAGCGCGUCUUCUACAUCACCGACAACGACGACCCGCACCCCUUCGCCACCGACCCCAAGUCGACCCGCGCCCGCAAGUCGUCACUCGAAAAGAUGGCCGAGUUCCGCAAGCUCGGCAUCCGGAUCGAGACCUUCUUCAUCGGCACCGAGGAAAGCCCCUUCCAGGUCAACAAGUUCUACGCCGACAUCUUCGAGCAGUACGACGACGACGACGACGACGACGCCGAGGGCGGCCUCCAGGCGCCUAAAGUGCCCAAGGGCUUCCACGCCUCGACCGAAGACCUCAAGGGCCAGGAGGUGCGACGCCACCUGUGGGACUCGGCCAUCCGCUUCAACGAGCUCGAGAGCGACGUCAGCACCCGCGAGACGCCCAAGCGCGUCGUCUUCAGCAUCCGCUUCGAGCUCGGCACCAUCGGCUCGGGUAUCACCACCGAAAACGGCAUCAUGCGCAGCAACGUCUGGCAGAUCGGAAUCAAGGGGUACUCGCUCAUCUCCAAGACGACCAAGGGCAAUCCGGUCAAGGUGCUGGUGGACGAGGAGUGCGGAGAGCUGAAGGAGGUGGUGACGCACCAGCACUACAUCGACCCGACGACGGAAAAGACGUUGACCAAGGAGCAGAUCGUGCCCGCCUUCCAGUUUGGCAAGACCGCGAGCCUGCGGGGCCAGGUGAGGUUCCAGGGAGACGAGCUAAAGAGGAUCAAGUCGCUAGGCAUGCUGCCAAGUCUCAAGCUGCUCGGCUUCAAGGAUCGCUCCGAGCUCAAGUUCCAGGACAAUGUCAAGCACGCCUACUUUAUCUACCCGUCCGACAUUGAGUAUCGCGGAAGCAAAAAGGUCUUUGCCGGUCUCCUCGACUCGAUGGUGCGCAAGGACAAGAUCGGUCUCGGCCUCUUCAUGCCCAGGCAGAAUGUCACGCCGGUCUUUGUCGCCAUCCUGCCCCAGGCCGAGGAGGUGGUCAAGGGGCAGCAGGUCGCCGCGCCCGGCAUGCACCUCAUCACGCUGCCGUUCGCCGACGACGUGCGCGAGGUGCCCGACGCCGUCUUCAACAAUCCGCCGGCAGAGGCAGAGCUCCACCAGGUUGAUGCGGCCAAGGCGGUGAUUGAGCGCUUCCACAAGAGCAAGCCGUUCAACCCAGACCACUAUCCCAACCCCGCGCUUAACCACCACUACGCCGUGCUCAAGGCGACGGCGUUCCAGGAGCCGCUGCCGGAGACCAUGGACGAUCACACGCUGCCCCAGUACGACAUGAUCAGAAAGCGGACGGCGCACCUGAUCAGCGCGUUCCACGACGAGAUCGACAAGGAUGACCGCGUUCGUCAUGCGUCGGACACGGCCACGGCGACUAGCUCCGGCACUCGCGAAAGGACGUUCGAGAACGACAAGGAGAUCCUCAAGAUGUACAAGGCCGGCAAGCUGAGCUCGUACACCGUGGUGGACCUCAAGGGCGUCUGCGACUUCUACCGCCUCGACAAGAAGGGCAAGAAGGCCGACCUGGUCGACAGGAUCUCUGCACACAUCGAAAAGAUGCGCAAGUAG